AUGUCUACCUCGUCGACGCCUGCUCUAUUCAAGCCAGUUCAGGUUGGACCUCUCCAGCUUCAGCACCGCAUCGUCCUCGCACCCAUGACCCGAUUCCGGGCUAGCGCAGCGCACGUUCCCCUGCCGAAUGUGAAGGAGUACUACGCCCAGCGGGCUAGCGCUCCGGGAACGCUCCUCGUCACCGAGGGCACGUUCAUCGCCCAGCAGGCUGGCGGGUACCCGCAUGUGCCCGGCAUCUGGAACGACGAGCAGAUUGCUGCUUGGAAGGAGGUCACCGAUGCCGUGCACGCGAAGGGCUCGUACAUCUUCCUCCAGCUAUGGGCUUUGGGACGCGGCGCAUCGCUCGCCCAGCUUCAGUCGGAAGACCCGUCCUUCAAGCUCGUCGCACCGUCGCCCAUCCCGCUCAAAGGGACAACGGACGUCCCGCACGAACUCACAGUUGCCGAGAUCAAGGAGUACACCCGCCUGUACGGCGAGGCAGCGAAGAACGCGGUUCACAAGGCUGGCUUUGACGGCGUCGAGAUCCACUCCGCCACAGGCUAUCUUGUCGACGAGUUCUUGCAAGAGAACUCAAACCAGCGCACGGACGAAUACGGCGGUUCCGUCGAGAACCGCACGCGCUUCGCGCUCGAGCUGCUCGACGAAGUAGUCGCCGCUGUCGGCGCCAACCGCGUCGGCUUCCGCAUCAGCCCCUGGAGCACCUUCCAGGACAUGCGCAUGCCCGACCCGGUCCCCCAGUUCUCCCACCUCGCCUCGCAAAUUAAGGCGCGCUUCCCUGAUUUCGCUUACCUUUCCGUCGUCGAGCCGCGCGUCGUCGCCACCGAUACGCGCCCCGACGAAGAGAUCGCGCCCGAGGAGCAGACGGACUUCUUGCGCGAGAUCUGGGCGCCGAAGACGUACAUCAGCGCGGGGGCGUACUCGAGGGACCUGGCGAUCAAGGGCGCGGAGGAGAAAGGGGAGCUCAUUGCGGUUGGGAGGUACUUUUUGUCGAACCCCGACUUUGUGCGUCGUUGGAAGGAGGAUUUGCCGCUCAACCCGUACAAUCGCGAUACGUUCUAUCUGCAGGGCGAUGCUAGCGGGAAGGGGUACACGGAUUACCCCUUCGUGGACGUGAAGGCGUAG